GAAACUUCUGAGUUUGUGGCAGCUCUGGACUUAACUUAUGCGAACAAGAUGGAGCUGUCUUAUCAAACUAUGAAAAUAGCAAAUCAGGCCAGGGAAGCGGAGGAGUUGAGAAUUGAGGCCAGGAAAAGAAAUUUGCUUGUGUUGAUAUACCAUCAUCUCAUUGAGGAGGGCUAUGUAGAUUCUGCCAACUCAUUAGACCUAGAGACCAGAUUUGGACUACGGCGUUUUGAAGUCUGUGACAAUGUUGAUCUGGAUACAAUUCUUAUGGAGUAUGAAAGUUUUUACCUUGUGAAAUUCCAGAAGUAUCCAAAGCUAACAAAGAAAGUACCAGAACAAGGAGAAAGAGGUGAGAGGAUGGCAAGAAGCUGUGGCAAGAAAAGGACCCCGUGCAUCGGACCCCAGUCCCUUCCCAGAAUAGGCUCCACCCACUGCGUCAGAGGUGGACUCAAAAAGACGGAGUCCAAGACCACGGUCAAGGACACGAGUAAAGUCAAUAACGAGAACGGCCAUUCCUCGGCUCCAGAAACAUCCGAGUUUGGCCUCAAUGUGUCGCCCGUCAUCAAGAAUGGAGCAGGCGAGGGGAAUCAGAUGAAGAAGGGCCAAAUGAUAGACUAUCGCCAGCUAAUCCAGGAUGCGAUCAAAGGAGCCACAAACGACAUCCCAGGCGCUAGCUUGUGUCCCGGCCCCGACCCUUCGGAGCGGCUCCUGAAACCGAUCGGCCUCAGUGGAAUGAGCGCAGAAAUGCGAGAACUGGCUGCAGUCAUAAGCAGGGAUAUCUAUUUACACAACCCCAACGUGCGCUGGGACCACAUCAUCGGCCUGGAGGCUGCCAAGCGAUUAGUCAAAGAGGCUGUCGUCUACCCUAUUAAGUAUCCCCAGUUGUUCACGGGCAUCCUCUCCCCAUGGAAAGGCCUGCUGUUAUACGGGCCUCCAGGCACAGGGAAGACCAUGCUGGCCAAAGCCGUAGCCACGGAGUGCAACACCACCUUCUUCAACAUCUCAGCCUCCAGCAUCAUCAGCAAGUGGCGCGGAGACUCCGAGAAACUCGUGCGGGUUCUGUUUGAGCUGGCUCGGUUCCACGCUCCGUCCACCAUCUUCCUGGACGAGCUGGAGUCAGUGAUGAGCCAGAGAGGAGUCGGACCAGGGGGGGAGCACGAGGGAAGCCGUCGGAUGAAGACGGAGCUGCUGGUGCAGAUGGACGGCCUGGCCCGCUCCGAUGACCUGGUGUUCGUGCUGGCCGCCUCCAACAUGCCCUGGGAGCUGGACCACGCCAUGCUGCGGCGUCUGGAGAAGAGGAUUCUGGUCGGUCUCCCGUCUACCGCCGCCCGACACGUCAUGAUCGAGCACUGGCUGCCCCCUCUCAGUAACACCGGCGGAGUGGACCUGCGCACAAACCUCCAGUACGACACCCUGGCUCAGGAGACUGGGGGGUAUUCCGGCUCGGACAUUAGACUUGUGUGCAAGGAAGCCGCAAUGAGGCCGGUCCGGAAAAUCUUUGAUGCUUUGGAAAACCACCAAGAAGGUAAUUCCAACAUGCCACUCAUCCAGCUGGAAACGGUGACGACGGCAGAUUUCCUGGAGGUGAUUGCUCACACCAAACCUUCAGCCAGGAACCUGACAGAGAAGUACACAGCCUGGGAGAGGGAGUACGAGUCCGUGUGAGGAAGAAGCCACAACACCGGCCUACAGGCUCGUUUC